GAACAACGCGGCUCCGUCUUACAUUAGCAGCCCGCGCGCGUGUUAUGGAUUAAACGGGAAUUUCCAGCGAGGUCCGCGGGUGCGCGCGCGCGUGCAGGCAUGCAAGUUUGCGUAUAUGCAAAUGAGCGCCCGCUUUAUAUAUGCCGAAACAGGCUUGAUCCAGAGGAGUAGGCGGCUCAGUGUACGCCUUUUAUAUUAUUUAUCAAGUGCACUUAUGAUUCAGCAUUCUGAGCCUGCUUUUCCUGGAAUGACUCACCGGAGCCUUUAUAGGAGGAAAAAAAAGCAAAAGACGAGGUGAGAACGACAGAGGGAGAGAUAAAAGACAUUUCGAGAUGGUUAGUGUGCAUUAGGAUGAGCGUCUUUAUUAGGGACUUUGCACGUGUUUUUUUUGUGUUAAGGUCAAAUCUGGGUGUGAUGCUUGAGAUCCAAGCCCUUCUAUCACACUCAACAGGGCCUGGAUGAUUUUUUUAAAUUCUACUUUUGUUUAAAUAAAUAUGAUUUCUCAUAACUAUUAUAUUUAUCACUUUAAACUGAAUUACUUUUGUUUAACAAACAUGCUGUGUACAGUUUUUCUUAUUACACACAGCCCAUGAUGUGGAUUGUCUUUUUAUUACAACCAGUGUUAUAACAUUAAAAAUUUAUUCUAUAGUAGAUAUAUAUUUCAAAUGUUAUAUAAUCUGUUUUAAAACCGUCAUGUACAUAGGAAGGCAAGUCAAGAGCAGUGUGACUGGAUGCAGAAUUGAACAGUUCAUGAAAUCAAAAUGCAAACAACAAGGGUGUAGCUGCAUUGAGUUUUAAUUAGAAAUUAUUUUUUUAACUUAUAAGGAAAUGUUUCAGCCCAGAUUUUCUCAAGGUUCCUUUUCCUUAGCCGUUUGUCUGUUACCUUUUUCAAACGCCUUUUUUAUUUUAGAUUUUCUUAUACAACCAUGUUUAUUGUCUUUCUUAUCAGGUAGGUCUUUAGGAUGCGACGAAUUGUCUAAUAUUAUCCUUUUGAUAAUUUGGUCAUUGUUAUAUCUCUAAAAGUUAAUUUGGUUAGGUCAUGUAACAUUUAUAACUACAAAUAACACCUAUGAGGUAUUUUUAUUUUAGACAUUUUGCAGUAACUCUUCUCACAUAGUAUGCACUUUCUAUUUAGAGUUAACUUUAGACACUGAUUCCUGAAUAAAAUCUGUUUUAGGUCUUUUAAAAAGUAAAAAUAGUUUCACAUAGCAGCAGUUAUUGUUGAACUUAGACAUUUGUAUAUGCAGGAAGUGUAACAUAAAUCAUGCACAGUUACAGAUGAGGAACAAGGAAAUAAAGAAAAAUUCCCAAAGACAGAACAACAACAGGCGGUUUCUUAACAACAUAUGUCAAUUAUAAGAAUAAUAGUAAUAAUAAAUAAUAUAUACUAAUGCAUUAUUUUAUUUAUGCAUUUUUUUUUGCAUUAGGACAAAUAUUUGGUGUACAUUUUGCACUGCUUUGAACUGAGGUUUUGGCUUUGAGAACUGAAUUCCAAGGGUGUUCAAUUAGCAUUCAGCCCACGGAGUUCAGUUCUUAAGCUUGGAUGCUCCAAAUAACAUGGAUGGAUAUAAAACAGCUGCAGAGAACCCUCCAGUGUCAUGUCAUUGAUAAACAAACUGAGAUACUGUGACACUCCAUUUUUCACUGAGCCAGUUGUGCAGACGAAAUCAAAAGUUUAGGACUAUAAAUAAUUUCCCCGUUUCUGAUACAGUAAGUCUGCAGUGAUGAUGAAGGUGCUCCUGUUGAAAAUCGCGCUUCUUCCUGCCUUCACUUCUUCACGCCCCCCAUCCCCCUACCCUCUCUUUUCACCAUACAGCCUCUCCCACCGGGCUCACAACUAACAUAAGAUAGAUUCUCGUCUGCUGGUGAAAGGAGGAAUCGGUAUGUUUCACAGCAGCGUCGUUUCCCCUGCGCCGGAUGAGAGAGACUGGAGCUGCUGCUCGGGUUGCACAUGAACCGUGGUUAAAGAAAGGGAACCUGACUCGCUUUUCCGAAAAGGAGACGAUGCGCGCGCUAGGAAGAUGAAAUGCAUCUCCCGGUACCUGCCUUAUCUCUUCCGACCUCCGAGCAACAUCCUCUCCUCCAGCUGUCACACUGAAGCUGACAUUAUAUCCACUGUUGAGUUCAACUCCACUGGGGAGCUCCUUGCCACAGGGGACAAAGGAGGUCGAGUGGUGGUGUUCCAGAGAGAGCAGGAGAGUAAAAAUCAGCCACACCGGCGAGGGGAGUACAAUGUUUACAGCACAUUUCAGAGCCAUGAGCCUGAGUUUGACUACCUGAAAAGCUUGGAAAUUGAGGAAAAGAUCAACAAGAUCCGCUGGCUGCCUCAACAGAAUGCUGCCUAUUUUCUUCUCUCCACUAAUGAUAAAACUGUCAAGUUGUGGAAAAUCAGUGAGAGAGACAAGCGACCAGAGGGUUACAACCUGAAGGAUGAUGAUGGCAGGGUGCUGGACCCCACGACCAUCACAGCACUCAGGGUGCCAGUGUUGAGGCCCGUGGACCUGAUGGUGGAGGCUACUCCUCGGCGAGUGUUCUCCAAUGCACACACCUAUCACAUCAACUCUAUUUCAGUGAACAGUGACAAUGAAACCUAUAUGUCAACAGAUGAUCUCAGGAUCAACCUGUGGAAUCUGGAAAUCACUAACAGAAGUUUCAACAUUGUGGAUAUAAAACCAGCCAACAUGGAAGAACUCACUGAAGUAAUCACUGCAGCAGAGUUUCAUCCCAACCAGUGUAACACAUUUAUCUAUAGCAGUAGCAAGGGCUCCAUUCGACUGUGUGACAUGAGAGCAGCUGCACUCUGUGACAACCACUGCAAAUUCUUUGAGGAACCCGAGGACCCCAGUAAUCGCUCCUUCUUCUCCGAGAUUAUUUCCUCCAUCUCUGACGUAAAGUUCAGCCACAGUGGUCGUUAUCUAAUGACUCGUGACUAUCUUACUGUUAAAGUAUGGGAUCUUAACAUGGAAUACAAACCUCUGGAGACCUAUCAGGUGCAUGAAUACCUGAGAAGUAAACUGUGCUCACUCUAUGAGAAUGACUGUAUCUUUGACAAGUUUGAAUGUGUGUGGAAUGGAACAGACAGUGUCCUGAUGACUGGAUCCUACAACAACUUCUUCCGCAUGUUUGAUCGUAACACCAAGCGUGAUGUCACACUGGAGGCAUCCAGGGAAAACAGUAAACCUCGAGCCAUCCUCAAACCCCGCAAGGUGUGUGUUGGUGGCAAACGGCGUAAAGAUGAGAUCAGCGUCGACAGCCUAGACCUCAGUAAGAAGAUCCUUCACACAGCCUGGCACCCAUCUGAGAAUAUUAUCGCCGUGGCCGCCACCAACAACCUUUACAUUUUCCAGGACAAAGUCAACUAGCAUGUAGCACCAAAGCUGUCCGUCAGAGACAGAAACUGAUUCCUGACAAAAAGGGGCUGGAAAUGACAGUGGAAAAGAUUUGGUUUUAACUUUUUACCUAAUUACCCACUGCACUGAAUUAUAUGCACUGUUCAUUUCAGGUUGCCAAAAUGCAAAGAUGGCUGGUACCUGCUUCAUUUAUUAGUUUUCCUCUUCUGUAGAUCUCCUGCACCGAAGUUCAAUACAGACAGCAAUAAAAUGGACGACGGUUCCGAUUUUGCUGCACAACUGGAACACUUUCCAUGCGAGGUGUCCUGCGCAUUCACAAGUUGCAGAUAAGCUUAAUGGUACCACGGAAGUUACCUUUUUUCUUUUUACUAUUUAUUCACCAUUGGAAUUAAUGGAGGAGAAUUAUGACCCAGGACUACAGUUUGGAUAGUGCAGAAAUGCAUUAGUAAAAGAUGGAAUAAAGAAAAAGAAAAAAAAAACCUAUGUAGCAAUUUACUGCUUUUGUUUAAUUUUCUAAAUAAACUCUUAAUUAUUUUUUUUUGUAAUCAAGAGGAAGCCAUUUUUCUUUCCCGUGUCAUGGCAUCCUAAGUAGGUGCUGAGAACCACUCAUGUAUGUUAAAAAGAAAAAGAAAAAAAAAAAAAAAGAAAAGAAGAAGAAAAGAAAA